GGUGCCCCAGCCGAGGACAAGCAGGCCCAUGGUGAUGACGAAGCUGUAAGCGAUGGGCGCCAAGGCCGCGUCCAACACGCCCGCCCCUGCGGGAUCGCGGGGGCAGCAGAAGAAGAAGAUGCCUCGCAGCCCAUCUCCCGCCGGGUCGCCGUCGGCCGGCCGCGGUGACGUCUCCCCGACGCGGUCCCGACAGGCAGCAGCCAAGCCCGCCCCCAAGAAAGCGGUGGCCACCAAGAAAUCCGCCCCCACUCCGGCCCUUAAACGGCCAGCACCGAAGACUUCCAAGGCGGCAGCCUCCAAGCAGGCGGCGCCGACCCGCGGCGCGGCCUCCAAGACGGCCUCCGCCACGACCAAGAAAAAGAGCAGCCCGGAGCCAAAGAAGUCCUCCAAGAAGGCUUCUGAUACCAAGUCUAGUCACAACAAGUCCUCCUCCGGCUCUGCCAGCUCAUCGCCGACCACCUCUACCGAGAAUAUCGCCGAAAAGUCCGCCGACCAAAAAGCUAGUACCAAAAAGAAUUCCGCCUCCAGCGAAACGGCUAAGGCCAUGCCAAAGAAGCGCGCGCCGCCCGAGGCGCCCGCCACCAAGUCCAAGAAGGCCGCCUCCAAGUCAGUGCCCGAGGACACGACGGCCGAGGACAAGGGCGAGACCGCCGAGUCCAAGCCAAACUCCCCGCGGCCCAACAGCAAGAAGGGCGGCGCCAAAUCAGCAGUGGACAAGACUAGCGCCGCCGACUCGAGGAAGAAGGGCGGCCCCGACAACGCCGACAAGGCCAAGAACAGCAAGAAGGACGCCAAGGGCUCGAGACAGAAGCGAGAGGAGUCCGCCUCUCCGACGCGGAAGGCGUCGCCGCAAAAGAAGGUAGCCGGUGAGCCGAGCAAGGCCAAGAGGGCCGCCUCUCCGAAGAAGGAGACCAACAGCAAGAAGAAGCCUGCGUCUCACAAGAAGGCCAAGCCCAAGGAAGAAGCGAAGCAAGACAGCAAACAGGGCUCUAAGCAAGACGCGAAACCGUCGAACAAGAGGAAGGCCUCCGAGAAGAAUGAUGACGGCAAGGCGAAAACGGCAGCCAAAAACGCCGACACCGACAAGAAGGCCGCCGGACUGUCGCCCAGCAAAGCCACGGCCGAGGAGGACGAGCGCAAGAAGCUGGUGGCCAAGCGCAGGCUGAAGUCGCCCGCGCAGUCACCGCGUAGGGACGCGGAAGAGGACAAGCCGACGGGCCGCGCCCCGCCCAAGAACCUGAGCGAUCUCAUCCACACCGAUCCUACGCCUGGCGGCCAGGCCGGCGUGGAGCAGGCUGUCGAGGGCGUGGAAGCCAAGCGCCUGGCGCUCGUGCCGCUGGCCGGGGCUGUCGCACUGGCGGUGCGGCCGCGAGUGCAGCCGGCCGUCACCAUCCGCAAGGCCCGCUGGAACGACACGCACGUCACCAAGGCCGCCCUGUCGGACCAGGAGCGGCGGCGCCGGGAGAUGGCGCAGCGCAGCCUGGAGCGCGCCGCCCCCACCAUCCAGGCCGCCAAAGAGAAGCUGGCCCAGUGGAAGGCCAUGGUGGAGCGCGAGGCCGCGGCGGCCGCCGCGUCUGCCGCGGGGCCGACCGCCCAGGGCCAGCCCCCUGCCCAGCAGGACGAGGACGAUCUGCCGCUCAAGUGCCUGGCGCCGCUGGUCACCGUGGAGGAGGUUCGGCCACCAGAGGCCGCCGGCCUCCUCGGCUCCUUCAAGAUCGACGCGCACGCCUCGCUCAUGUCACGUAUGGGCGGCAACAUGUCGUCCGUGCCGCACAAGAAGCGGCCCUACGCCGCCAAGCAGAUUGCCACCACGACCACGACCACCACGACCACGACCACCACCAAGGUGGUGCGCAAGUCCGUCGAGGCUAAGCGCGACGUGUACGAGUUCGGCGUGUCCAGCAGCGACCACGGCAUGUCCGAGGACGAGGAACCGCUGCACCGCCUGAUGGCCAAGAAGAAGAAAAAGAAGGCCAAGUCGGACCGGGACUCGGACCAGUCGGACGCCGGCGAGCGCUCCGACCACGACGAAGCGAAGAAGGGCAGCGGCAGCGAUGACUCGGACGCCAAGCGGUCCCGGCUGAUGGGCUUCUGGAACGGGCCGAAGCGCCACCGCCUCGCCUCGCUCAACGCCAAGGCCAAGGUGCGCGUCAUGUACUCGGACGAGAACGUGUCGGUGAGCAAGCGCGCCGCGGCCAGCCGGCGCUCCGACAGCCGCUCCAAGGAGCGCGACCGGAGGGCGGCGGAGCAGCGGCCCGCCAUCAAGCAGGCGCCGCGGGAGAAGACCAAGAGCGGGCAGCGCGAGGACCGGCGCCGCGCCGCCCAGCAGGAUGGCCAGCAGGGCGGCCAGCAGCGGGACACGUCCGACGAGGACGAGGACCGCGACGAGGAGUCGGAGGAGAGCGAGCCGCCCUCGCCACCUUCCACGCGCGUGCUGCGUACCGGCCACGGCAUCCGCGGCGUGGGCAGGAACUGGGACGUCAACAACCUGUCGUCGUCGUCCUCGUCGCCGGCGCCGUCCUCCUCGUCCUCGGACGAGGACAGCGACUCGGAGGACAAGCGGAAGCAGCAGCGCGCGCGACGCUCCACCGGGUCGCCGGCGAGCAAGCGACGCAAGACGAGCGGCGGCCGCGGCAAACAGCCGGAGCAGCAGCUCGCGCUGCGGGACAUGGUGGUGAGCAAGAGGAUGGCGAGCCUGAACGCGGCCGCCAUCAUGCAGGCCAGCUACUGCCUGGAGAAGCGCACCAGCACCACGACCACGAGCACCACCAAGGACUCGACCACCAUGGAGGAGAAGAAGGAGGUGAAGGAGGUGAGGACGACCGUGCUGUCGGCUCAGCUGCCCCCCGAGGUGCAGCCGUCCGCGCCCGAGCCCCGCGCCCAGGUGCAAUCACAGGCGCAAGCCCAGACGCAGGCUCCGGCCUCGCAGGAACCUCAGGGCCCGCAGGGCGAGCAGGCCCCGCCCGUGCCGCCCGAGCAGAACGCCAACGGCGAGAACAAGACCAAGCUGGCCGAUGAGCUCAUCGACCUGAUCGCCACCCCGGACGGCCGCCACACCAUCAUCCUCAACCGGGACGACGUGACCAUCACGGGCGUGUACGUGCGCAACUCCACGCACUCGCUGACGCACUCGGCCACGCACGCCGAGGGCUUCUGCUCCAUUGCCGGCCUCGAGUACCGCAUCAGCUCCACCAGCCACACGAGCACCGAGGCCACCGCCGUCACCACCGAGGUCACCCUGGCGGCCAACAACGAGGUGCAGCGCGCCGUGGGCAACAACGCCAACGGCAACAUUAACGGCAGCAGCAACGCGCCCUACACGCCGCUGGUGGCCCUGUCCAGCAUGAGGCCGCCCGACGGUCCUCCCGGCGCGCCGCCCUCCGCGGGCCCGCCGCCGCCGCCCGCCCUGCAGCACCCCUACCUCAUGCACCACGGCUACCCGCCGCACCCGCCUGGACCGGCCGAGAGCCCCUUCGGAGCCCCGCCGCCGCUGCCGCCGCCGUUGCAGCCCUAUGGAGACGGCUGCCCGCCGCCCUACCCGCCGCCCUACCCGGACCGGCCGCCGCCCUACCACGACCCGCCGCCGGGAUACCACCAAGGUGAGUCGGCGUGCUCAAGGAUUUCCUCGAAGGCGAACGGCGGCAAGCUGUCGGACGGAGUCUACCAACCGGCAGGACCGCUGAUCUCCGCCGCCGCCGCGGCCGCCGCCCAUGGCUCCGGGGCGCCGCUGCUGCCGCCGCUGGUGACGCCCCCCAAGGGCGCCGCCGCCGCCCCCUCGCCCACCCCCCGGGACCCGCAGGCGCCCGCCCCAGAGCUUGAGGCUGGCGCCGACGGCAACCCCGUGGCCGCGGGUGCCAACUCGUCGUCGUCCAACGUAGCGACGUCGUCGUCGGGCGCGUCGGCGAGCAUGCCGCCGCCCCCGCACGCCUACCGCUACCCCGCUCACGGGGCCUACCCGCAGCCCUACUACAGCCCGUACCCCUACUGCGGGCCUGCGGCCUCCGUGGGCCCCGUGGCUCCGGUGGGGCCCCAGUACCAGGACUGCUACCCCAGCUACUACCACCGCGCCAUGCACUACCGCCGCCACUACAGCUACCUGGCGCCGCACGCGGGGCCCCAAGACCCCUACGCCACGGGCGCGUCCGCCCUGGCCGUGCCGCCGCCGGCGGGCGCCGUCCACCAGAUGCAGAUGGUCGUCUCGAGCGGGCCGCCGCCCGUCCCCGGGCCCCCGCCCUCGCAUCCGCCCCCGCCGCUGGACUACCCGGUGGAGCCCUACGUGCACUACCCGACGUACCCAGGCCCAGAGACAGCGACGUUUAGGUGCCCUUGCCCAAUGCAAUCGUGUCCAAAAAACGUCCAUACUGGCCCACUUACUGGUGACAGUAAGGGGCCCAAGCAAAUGCAACCUCUCGCGCUGCCGCUGCCGCCCGUGGCCCUCGCGCUGCCCCAAGAGCCGCCGACCCUGCCGCCGGGCAUCCUGGGGCCGCCCUCGCCCGCCAGGGGCUCCGCCGGCAUGCCGCCCCCGCCGUCCCCCGCCGUGGGGGCGACGCACGCGCCCACGCAGUACCAGACCUGGGACAACAUGGAGGGCUCUAAGAGCGUGGUGAAGCAGGACCCCGGCACCCCCCCAGAGGCGCCCGCCGAGCCCCCCGCGCUGGUGCUCGCCACCAGGCACAACCUGUGCCGCCAGAACGUCCCUCCCCCCGCCAACCCCCCUGCCUCGUGCGUCCCCGCCCAUCUCACUCCGCGGCGGAAGCGCGCCGCCAGCCCCGGCCGGCCGUUGGCGGACCUGGGUGACGCCGUCAAAGUCGAGGACGCCAAGGACGCCAAGGAGCUGAUGGUGGCCAAGGCCGCGCAGAACGGCCUCAAGGAUCUCAAGGACAUAAAGGACGUGAAGAGCGUGUCCGUGCUGAGCUUUACCACCACCAUCACCACUACCACCAUCGAGGAGUCGACGCAGACGACGCCUCCCCCGGAGGCGCGGGCGCCCGGGCCCGCUCCGCCGCAGAGCUCUUGCCAGCCCGCUGACAAGCGCCCCGGCGGGCAAGAGGCUGACGCGCCGCCCAGUAAAAAGAACAAAAAACUCCAAAGAAAACAGUUGGCGCGCAUGUCAGUGUGGCCGAGCAAGUCCAAGAGCAAGAAGAUGAUCGAGAUGCCCCUCUCAGAGGGGCUGCGUCCGGGCCACGGCCUCACGACCACUGUCGCAGCCCUCACCACCGCGACGACUCCUCCUAAGCCGAAGACCACCUCAAGCAAGAACAACCGCAAGACCACCUCCACGACGUCGAGCACAACAGUCACGACCGCCGUGGCCUCCACCAGCAGCACGUCCCCUGUGACGGCCCCCAGCAGCACCAAGAAGGCUGCCGGAGGAAAGAAGGGCUCGGCGAAACGGACCUCUUCCGUUGACAGCAACAAGUCAACGGGCAGCAGCGGUGGCGGCAAGCGCUCCAAGUCGCGCGACAAGAACCAGGACGCGGCCGACGACAAGUCCCAGGACAAGGCGGACAGCAAACCGCAGUCGAGGGACAACAGCGCGGGCCGGAGCCGCAGCGAGUCGCGCAGCCGGCUGGUCGAGGAGGAGCAGGCCGCGGCCGCCGUGAUCGCCGCCGCCGGGCUGCCCGAGGGCGUGCCGCUCAACCAGUGCCGGCGGCUGAUCGCCGCGCAGAAGAAGCUCAUCUCCAAGUGCCAGGCCAAGAAGGAGCGCGAGCAGGCCAGGCUGGCGCGGCAGGAGGCGGCCCGGGCCGCGCGCCUGGCUGCCCUCGUGAGCGCCGCCGAGGCCAAGAAGGCCGCGGUCCAGGCAGAGCUGGCGGCGCCCGCGGCCGGUGCGGACGCUGGGGGCGCCGCCCUCGACGCCGCCGGUGCUGCAGUCGCUGCGCGACUCUCGCCGGCGGCCGCCCCCGCCCCCGCCCACGCCACGCCCCGCCACGCCCUCGACGCCGCCGGUGCUGCAGUCGCUGCGCGACUCUCGCCGGCGGCCGCCCCCGCCCCCGCCCACGCCCCGGCGCAGCACCACGGCAAGCACCACCACAACAACAACAACCUGAUGGACCCCGCAGUGGACCGGGGCCGCGUGGAGGAGCUCGGCAGGCUGGCCGGCCUGGAGGUGCCCGCCAGCCUCACCGUCUCCCAGUCUGAGCUGCGGCUGCUCGAGUGCUGCGCCGAGCCUAAAACACCCAAGUGGUCAAACGGCUGGCAAUGGCGGGGGCAGCCCUUCUUGCACAGAGUCUUUCUAAAUUGUGAUGAUCCACCGGUGCUGCGGAAGUGCUAUCCUGCAAUGCAACAUGAUGAAGGUGACAAUAUAACUCUUGGAGAUACAAUUCUCUUGAAGUCUGGGACCAGAAAAAUUGACUUGCCAUUUGUGGCACGAGUUAUUCAUCUCUGGGAGAACCCUGAGGAUGGUGAAAUGAUGUUAUCCUUAGUGUGGUUUUAUAGGCCUGAGCAUACUGAACAAGGUCGCAGACCUUGUGAUCGUGAUGAUGAAAUAUUCUCUUCUCGUCAUAAAGAUUUUAAUAGUGUAGCUUGUAUUGAAGACAAGUGCUAUGUUCUUACCUUCAAUGAAUACUGCAGAUAUCGUAAGACCAUUCGUCGCCUUGAGGAAGGCCUGUCACCUCCUUCUCUCGUCGUGCCAGGGCCAGAAGGAAAAUAUCCUAGACAUCAUCGACUACCUCCUGGACAUGUUGCACCGGAUAUGGUAUUCUUUUGUCGUAGGAUUUAUGAUUUCCGACAGCGUCGGUUACAGAAAAACAUUUGUUGAGAAUAGUAAGAUAUCUCUCUCUAUAAAAUAAGAUCUUUGCAAGUAGUGUUAUCUAUCUGAACUGUCACGUUCCCAGUGUAACGUUGAAACUGUUGUAUUGUUUCAAACUAGAUUUAUUUUUUUCUCUGUUGGAAUCAACAUUUCUUUACAGCCUAUUUGAUCUAUCUCCUGGUGAGUGUAAUGAAGAAAUCAUUACUUGCAAUGUCUUAGAAUGUUUGUUGUUGUUUAAUUUUUUGUUUUGUGAUCAUAAUUUACUAGAAGGAGGGCCUCGCAGUUUGCUACUUACAAUGUACUGCUGGGGAGGUCUGGUGUGAUAGAUUCAAUCUGUUGUGUUUAUCUGUUCUAUAUGUCUGUUAGUGUUCCUCUUGUAAUGGUGGACUGAAGCAUUGGUGCUCUGUAUUGGUUCCCAUGCCUUGUGUGAUUGUUCUGUAUUUGUUUUCCUUCUCUUGUUUUUUCCUUUUCCCUUUUUCUUUCUUUCAAUUAAGGGAGUAAAAAAAUCCUUCAGGACUGUGAAUUUUGCUCCUUUUAUCCUGUUGUAAAUUAUGCUAUGUGUAAUAUGAGAAAAGGAGGUAGUAUAGUUUUCUAAUUCUUUAGAAAGAUAACUAUUUAUGCAAAGAUAAUUUUUUAAUUUGAUGAUAGGGUAUGAACAAUUAAGAUAUUCCAAGUGUUUUCCUUAGAACCCAGUCUGAUAUAAUGGUAAUAGAUUCUGUGUGUUUGGUAGAUGUGCAUUUAUGUGUAAUCUGCUGCUAAGUGUGUCCCUAGAUAUGAUUCUUUUUUUUUUUUUUUUUCUUUUUUAAUAUCUGUUAUGUUCUCUUGAUGAUAUUUGUUGAGAAAUGUUGAUAUCUUUUUCACAAUUUUCAUAAUCUGCUAGAUUUUUACCCUUUUGCUUGACAACUGAAAAGAUAAAGAAACAUCUCUGAUGGUUAAAGAGAAAUGACAGGUAUUUCAAUUUACUGCUCCAAGUCAAAGCAUUACCGUUCUGUAGAUUGAUCUGGUGGGAAUAAUUUUGUUUUCUGAUGUUGAUUUAUGUUUAUCCAAUGAUUAGUCAUAUUUAUUUUUUAUUCUUAAUGACAAGUUGUUUCUCUCAAUACAUUUCACUAAGUGUUAAUGUAUGUGUUGUAUAUAAAUCCACUUCAACCAUACCUGUGUUUUGAAAUAAAAUCCUUGUAUAGUGGUAAUUUACAUGGUGUAUCCCACACUUGUAUCUUGCCUGCAAUUUAUCCUUAUUUCUGACUUGCUUUUUUUUUUAAUUUGGAAUUAUUAUUACCAAAUAGGUCCUGUAAUAAAUGCCUCAUUUAUUUAUUUAUUUUUUGCUUCAUUCGGGCUGUUGAGACAUAUCGUGAGGCAAAGGUCAGUAAACUCAGCAAAUAUAUUACAGGCUUUAGUCUAGAACUGUGAUGAAGCUUCUAUAACUGGAAGGUUCCAGCUUUGUUUUGUUAUUUUAAUAUGUAUUGAACAUUCCAUUUGUAUGUCUUAAAAAGUAUCAUAUGGAUUUGCAGAAAAAAUGUCACUUUUUUCUUACAUGUUAUGUGUAAGGCUCAGAGACCAAAGAUAAAUAGUUAUAAUGUAUUGGAAGUGACCUCUCAGCUGUAUACCCACUGUUAAUGUGGCAAAGAGUAACAAGCUCACACUCUUUCCUAGAGUGAGCAUUGUGUUUAUUAAAAACUAGCCAUUAGACAAAUGUAUGGUUCAAAAUAUUCUCUGUUGUAUUUCAAAUCUUUCAUGCCACAGCAAGUAUAAAUGUUGCAAGCAUAGUGAAUGGAAGCUGAAUACAAUAUUAUGAUUGCUGUGAAACAAGAAUUCAUAAUUUAAGAGAAUGGUCUAGUAGGUGUGAUAAAAGACCACCAAUAACGGGUUGGCUAUAUUUUAUUACAGUUGAAAAGUAACAGAAAAAUCAUGUUCACAUAUCUUCUUUUGUUACUUUCAAAUAGGAAAAUUUCCUCUUUCUUUUCCUUCUAUUGGGACCUUUAAACUCAUAAUAUUUGAGACAUUUGGAGUUAGAUUGCAGUUUGGAAAGUAUUUGACAUCUGUCAUAGUACAAAAGUUAGGCUUACUGAAUUAUGUUUCUUAAAUUUCUUUUUAGCUAAAAAGUAAAUGACCAAGAAAUGUUGCUUUGGGAUUAAACUUCUCCUUUACAUUCGUUUUUCUAAAAUUAUGCUCCCAUUUAGGCUAAAGUAUUAUUUGUGGGAGGUGACCAUCUGAAAGAGCACCACAUAACUUUCAAUUAUUGUAUCGUGUACAAAAUACAAAGGUUUUGAUUGUUCUCAGACUUGUUUGAAUUUUAAUUCAUAUCUAUGUGUGACUUGUAGCUGUACCCUAGGAAAUGUUGCUGUUUUCCUGUAACCUGCUAUCUCCAAUACGUGUCUUAUAGUUCUUUAUCCAUGCUUUAAAUGUGUUAGUCAAGUUCAAAUUUGCCAGGCGUUAAUAUUGGUUUACUUCACCAGUGAGUUCAGGUACAAGCUGAAAGUAAUGGUGCAGCUAAGAGUCUUGUCCAUGUACUUGAUCCUAAUUUUUAACCUGCAUGUUUAAGAUAUACAUUUAUGAGAGCAUUUAAGUGUUAAAAUAUAUGUAUAUUUGCGCAUGUAGGGCUGAAACAUUACAAUAAUGUCCCUAUUAAUGUCAUUUCAUAAUAGACAUAGUCUUAUUUAAAAAAUAGAUUAAGCUUGUGUGUUUAUUGGGAGAGAAAUUGGUGAGUUUUGGCUUACAAGAUAUUACAUGUGUUUAAUAUGUAAAUUUUAUUGCUUCCCUUGUUAUCUUUGCCAUUCAUAAAGGCUUCUGCCUGUGCAGAUAUGGCAGAACAGAAAAGCUGUUGCAUUUAGCACACUAUGGUGAUUAUCAGAUGCAUUAAGAUUGUCUUGUGCGUGUCUCUAAAAGAUUGCUUCAGUGGUAUACUUGACUCUUAUUGCCCCUUUCUUAUUAAAGUUGCUAGAUUUUGAACAGUAUAAGCCAAGAUUUUCAAUCUCAGAUUGAGAUUGUCUCACAUGUGUGGGAAUUUCUAAUUUCUUUUUGUUUCUACAUAAACUUCUUGCUUUCAUAUUAGUUUCAAGUGGCAUAGCCAUUCAAAGUCCAUUCCCAUUUAUGCCAAAACAAAUGUUCUGUUCUAAUGUGAAAAAUGUCUUUUCAGUGUAAUCUAGGUACAUAGUUUAUCUUUGUUUGCUGGAUAGGCUCUUCAAGCUGGAAGAUAUUUUGUUUAAUCUAUUGUGACAAAAUUAUUUGUUGCUGGGUAUGAGACCAAGCACUGUUUGUUCAUGUUUCUUUCUCUUUUUUAUGGUGAAAUGACCUGUAUUUAUUUCAUAAUUAAUUGUUUUGUUUCAAUCUCUGUUUGAAGUUUGUGAGCUAUAAAUACUUCUCAGUUUUAAAAGGUUCAUUUUUUAAAACACAAACGAAACCAAACAGCAAAAGUGGAAAUAAAUGACUAUUUUUCACUGAACAGCCUAAAUUGUGGAACAGCAUCAUUGGCUACACUAAAUUUUAUGAAAUUGUUUUGGGACCAAAAUUAACCAAUUGAUUGGAUGCUGUGCACUAUGGAACUGAAAUAUCUUCAAAUUCCAAAUUUGUGUUUAUGAAUGCUAUUCGUUAUUUAAGCAUCUAUUCUUCUGAUUUACAAAACUAGAAAAUGUAUGAGUCAAGUAAGCCAAGAAAAGGAUGACUGUUUGCUGGGUGUGUGGAAAGAUUAUAAUCACUGAGUGACAGUGAAUAGGUAUUGUUAGCGCUUAUUAAACAGCAUUUUCCCAUAGGUGCCUUUGCAUGCUGAUCGUGAAUUGUUUAUUAUUUACAUUUUGUCUGAUAAAUGUAUAUUUCAGUGAUAUAUUAUUUGUUGUGUGCAUGUAGAAUACGAAAGAAUAUCCCUAAUGAUUAUGUUUUCCUCAUUAUAAAAAAAAUGAAAGUAUUAAAAUUGAAGCAUUUUGUAAAA